AUGAUGUAUCCAGACCUUGCCGACCACAACCUGAUCUGCUUCCUGGGGUCGAAGAUGGGAUCCAUGUAUGGUGGGCUCGACCACAUGCUGGCAGCUGUGCAGGAGAACAUGGCGGCUGCAGCAAACAGAGGUGAGCUGCGGGAUGUGCAUGGUGUUGCUGUUCCAGCAGAGUGCCAUCCGAGCUUGCAUCCCCGGUGUCAUAGGGGCACUCCAAUGCUACCGACCUACACCAAGGUUAUGAGUAAAUUGAUCAUCUACAUCGACACAGGGCUAGUCGCGACAUCCAAGGCCGGCACCGGCAGGAGGCGCGGCAAGGAGCCGAUGCCAGUGGCAGAACCCCCACAUGGUGCCUCUCCUGACCUGGCCUCCAUAUCUGCGAAGCCUGACACUCAAGGACCGGAGAGUGCCACCAGUCCACACCCUGUGGACAGUGGCAGCGAGGUUCCACCACUGCUGAGCAUCCCGGACACCCCGGCGCCUUCACGCGAGAGCGAUUCAGGGCUCAAGGAAGCACUCCGGGGGCCGGCGAUCAGGGUCAACCUGGUUGCGGAGAAGGGGGUGCGUGCGGAGCAUGAUACUCUUUACAAGCACCUUAUGGAGAUGAUCCACCUGUGCUGCCCGCUUGGCCAGCUGAUACCAUCCCCUACGAGCGCCACAUCAAAGCCAAAACUCACCGCAUCCGCUCCCAUCUUGAGAGGGAUGGUGGCAAGAGGCGGCAGGCUGUUUCGACGGACAAAUUAA